CAGCAGCUUGUGGAGUCUGAGGCAAUGCGUCGCAGCAGCUCCAAGAGCGGCGUCGUCGUGGCUCCAGUGGCUGGAGGUCCCGAUGCUUGUCAGAUGCUCACCAGAGCCCAGCUGGGCCAGGAUCCCCCACAAAGAACAGUGCUAGGGGUGCUAACUGAAAAUGGGCAGUUCAGGAAGACCUGUGCCCAGGGGAUCACAACAAUCAGGUGUUUUUCGGGAUCUGAAAAUGCCUUCCCUCCAGCUGGAAAGAAAGUGCUGUCUGACUGCGGGGUCCAUGGGCCCCCCAAGCAAGGGUUUGACAUCUACAUGGAUGAACCUGAACAGAGGGACAAAGACAGCUGCUCAGGCAGAGAGGGGAUGGCAUUUGAGGAUGUAUAUGAAGUAGACACCAGCACACUCAAGUCAGACCUUCACUUCCUGCUGAAUUUCAGCUCAGUUUCCCCUAUGCUGGUAGGUUCAUCUCACCAUUCCCAGUCUGAAGAUGCAUCGGAUUUUGGCACAGAUGUGAUAAAUGUGACUGAAUAUGCUGAAGAAAUUCACCAGUACCUUAGAGAAGCUGAAAUAAGGUACAGACCCAAAGCUCACUACAUGAGAAAGCAGCCAGACAUCACAGAAAGCAUGCGUACGAUUCUGGUGGACUGGCUGGUGGAGGUUGGUGAAGAAUAUAAGCUUCGAGCAGAGACUCUGUACCUGGCCGUCAACUUCCUGGACAGAUUCCUUUCAUGUAUGUCUGUUCUGAGAGGGAGAUUGCAGCUUGUAGGAACAGCAGCUAUUCUUUUGGCUUCGAAAUACGAAGAGAUAUAUCCACCCGGAGUAGAUGAGUUUGCCUAUAUAACUGAUGAUACAUACACUAAGCAACAAUUGUUAAGAAUGGAACACCUGCUCCUGAAAGUCUUAGCUUUUGAUCUGACAGCACCAACCACCAACCAGUUUCUCCUUCAGUACUUGAGGCGGCAAGGAGUGUGUGUCAGAACUGAGAACCUGGCCAAGUAUGUAGCUGAACUGAGUCUACUUGAAGCUGACCCAUUCUUGAAAUAUCUUCCUUCAUUGAUAGCUGCAGCGGCUUAUUGCCUGGCAAACUAUACUGUGAACAGGCACUUCUGGCCAGAAACUCUUGCUGCAUUUACAGGCUAUUCAUUAAAUGAAAUUGUGCCUUGCCUGAGUGAGCUACAUAAGGCGUGCCUUGAUAUGCCCCAUCGACCUCAGCAGGCAAUUAGGGAGAAGUAUAAGACUUCAAAGUACAUGCAUGUGUCCCUCAUGGAACCACCUACAGUUCUUCCUCUACAAUAAGUUGCAGAACUGAAGCACUUGCAGAACUUAACCUCCAGAUCAACAGAAUUGCUCUUAAUAUUCAUAGAUUCCUGCAGGUUGGGUCAACUAAUGUUGCUGAAAUGUAGAUGACUUUUUUUUAUUGUAAAUGUAUUUAGGUUCUCUUAGACUUUAGUAGCUUGUAAUAUAGUCUAACAUUUUUUAAAGAAUAAACAACUUGCCUUAUGA